GGGAGUCCAGCACCCCAAGGACAAGACACACUCUGCUGGGGCUCGGACAGCACGCAUGGCUCAUCGCCGGCCUCUGGAAGUCGGGCGCGUUCCCAACAAGCAGACAGAAAAAGUCUGCCCUGACGGCUCAAAGGAAAUCGUGUUUCCAGAUGGGACGGUGUGGCGUCUGAAUGAUGGACGCGAGGAGACUGUAUUCCCAGACGGGACCAUUGUGAGUGUGGAGAGGAACGGUGACAAGACCAUUGUGCUCAGCAACGGUCAGCGGGAGAUCCACACGGCCCAGUUCAAGAGGAGGGAGUACCCCGAUGGCACCACCAAGACCGUGUACCAUGACGGCCACCAGGAGACCAAGGACGCGUCUGGGAGGGUCAAGGUCAGGGAUGAGGCUGGAAACAUCAUCCUGGACAGGAAGUAGCUUCUCCCUCAAAACUAGCCUUACCUGUGACCUUCCAAUAUCACCUUGACCUUCCAACCUUAUCUGUGCCCUUCCAACAAUACCUGUGAAUUUCCAACAUUACUGUGACCUUCCAACCUUACCUGUGCCCUUCCAACAUUACCCGUGACCUUCCAACAUUACCUGUGAACUUCCAACAUUACUUGUGACCAUCCAACUUAUGUGUAACCUUCCAACUACAUUAUUUGCUAAAAAAAGAAACGACUAAUAUAUGUGGCCCUAUGUGAUGAAAAAUCAUGUAAAACUUGAGGACUACCCAAGUCAUCCAGACAUUAUAAAGGAAGAGACAGCCUGGUCCCCAGGGCUCCUGGUUAGGAAAGGUGGCUGUAUCAACACUAGACCAGCCAGAGAACAGGAAGCUCCCAGACAAUGACACCAGGGCCCCCGGCCAGACCCCUUCCUCUCUGCCCAUCACAAGAACCAGCUCUACACGUGACGGGCAGCCUUCCCUGGGCCCUGGGUGCCUCUACCUCUGCCUGCAGCUGGCCCCUGGCCCUCUCCUCCUGAAUUAUACCAGCUUAGCCUGACCAUCCCAUCCAUUAUCCUCAGGGCACAGUGCCCACGACCUUGCUGGGCCAGAUAAGAAUACAGUUCACGCCACUACAGGAGCACCCACAGGGAGCCUGACCCAG